GACGUCGCUGCUGCAGGCUCUCUCUCGUAUGCUAAUUCACACCCCAACACUAAAUUUAGUUUUCCCCGCUCGCUCGGUCGGGUGUGCUAUACGGCUCACAUUUCGCGUCAUCUACUUGGAUUGCCGAGAUUAUAUUCCGCUUACAUUUCCCUCAAAGCUGCACGUAGCAGUCAUUGGCUAGCCCCACCGCUCCAUGCUUUUCUUGACCGAAUUUCGCAGUGUUCAAACAAAUAGCAUUCGUCGACUACCAAGGAGAACGAGACACGUUAUAUAUCGAAAUAUACAUGCCCGCCGUCGACACAAGAACUUUGUGUAAAAUUUCGGAGCGAUUAUGAUGUUCUUAUGAAGAGAUUUUGACAGUGAUUAGUACGAAAUUUCGCAGUGAUGGCGUCGCGAUUCCAAAGGCAGCACUGCUUUCUGUGCGAUUUGCCUCAUUCACCAUGGGCUAUCUUACACGAUUUCUCCGAACCUAUCUGCCGGGGUUGUUGUAACUACGAGGGGGCUGAACGAAUUGAAGACAUCAUACACUACAGCAGACUACUGCGAAAAAACUGGGAAAAGAGCGAGCGGAACGCUCAACACGGAGUUAAGAACGACAGACUGAACUCGACAGGAUCUUCCGUGUCUUCGACCCCGAGCCCACCACCUUCGUCUCGCGGCGCGCAUCAGAGCGUCAACAAUGGCGGGGCGAACUAUUUAAGCGCCGAACAGAGACAGGCUUACAGUAAAUACGCGUCGCAAACAACAGAGGAUAGUUUGGAAAUUAAUAACUCCGCGACUGUACAUCAUAAGCUAACUUCAACAGACCCAAAAUCAGCGCCCGGCUCUCGCAUGGUACCAGGUAUAAAGGAUGAUCGAAGAGGGUCUACUUUCUCUGAUGAUGCACGUCAUGCGCUGAUUAACGGUACUCCUAUCGUGUCCCGUCCUCAUCCAGGACCUCUUGUCGGCCCCCUGGCACCGCCCCCUCACAUCCCCUUGGACUCCCCGAGGCAGGAACACAUGCAGGCCCAUGCUACUUUAAGUUUGCUUAACAGGUCUGUACCCUUUGAUAUUCGCUUCAAAAAGGAUCACACCUCUAUUGGAAGGAUAUUUGUUUUUGAUGUCAAUAACAAGCCUGGCCUGGAAUUUGAGCUCAAGAUAUUUAUUGAGUACCCACGCGGUUCAGGAUGUGUUUUUCAGAGUGUUGCUGGGGUUGUUAAAAAAAUGCAUUCAGAGCUUCACAAAGACAUUGGCAGGACGCAUACCUCUGGAGUGAAAUACCUGGAAUAUGAAAAGGACAGAGGUACAGGGGAUUGGCGAAUGCUGGCAGAUUUGCUCCCUGAGUCAGUACGUUAUUUCAAGGAGCCAGUUAAACAAGAGCUUCUACCAAGACCUCAGCUUGAUUCUGAAUACCCUCUGCCUAACGUGAACCUAAGCUUCAACCCCAGGCCUGGAACCAUGUAUGGGCGUAAGAGAAAAGGAACCAUGGAUCUUGAGGAGUAUGAAAUCACCUCUGGGAAUAGAAUGGGUCACCCUGGGCGGGAGGAGACAAUGCACCAGCACCCUGCUUGGGUACAGAACCAAGUUGAUGGGGGAAAGCUCGUGAUGACUGCCAUGUCAGCCCCCCCUGGCACUCCAGUCAGCUCCAUACCAUCUGCAUCUGUUUCUCCCAUGGUCACCACGCCCAUCUCAAAAGUCGCCAGCAUGCAGUUACCCCCAAGUGAGGUACAUGUGCGUGCUCAGUCCAAGUCUCCCAUUAAUAACUCUGUAAUGCGAGGUAGUCACUUUGAGGUUGCAGGGGCUCCGCGGGAUGAGGGAAGAGGGAAUAACCUUGUAAGUGCUGGUCACAUGUCCCCUCACAGUCGCUCACCUAGACCUCCUACUGGACCCCUUUCAAAAUCUGCUGAAACUCAAAGUGGUCUUCCUAAUGAUGGAGAUGGCAAAGAGAAAGAGAAGGGAUCAUCUGGGCAGAGUAUCCUCCGGUGUAGUCUAUGCCGUGACAAGUUGGAAGACACACACUUUGUCCAGUGUCCUUCAAUCAUGCACCACAAGUUCUGUUUUCCUUGUUCGCGGGAUAGCAUUAAAAAGCAGGGAGCAGGGACAGAGGUGUUUUGUCCCAGUGGGGAGCGCUGCCCUCUACAAGGGAGCAACUUGCCUUGGGCAUUCAUGCAAGGAGAAAUCCAGACAAUCCUUGGAACAGAAUUCAUUGUAAAAAAAGAAAAAGACAGUCAGUAAAGUAGAUUAGUUGUCAUGGUAAUCCUCUGGUUAGUUAGCAUGUAUGUUGCAAAUUUGGAAUGCAAAUUUAACUCUUAAUUGAAUUCCUUGUUUUAAAAAGUGAUCUUUUACUUGGUUUGUAUGCAUGCUUGUCAGUGUGCCAUGGGUUUGAUGGGAAAGAGUAAACAUUUUUUACGCUCUUGAAACCAGAUGGCAAGAAUGGAACAUAUUUUGUCCACAUUGACCAUUGUUUACUGUUUCUACUGCUUCCUUUUCUAUAUUUUUCUUCUCUUGCAUAAAAAAGCUGAGUAGGCUUAAGUUUUAGGGGUAAGUGUGUUUUCAUUUCUAAACAACCAUCAUAAAACAUCUUUGAGAUGCUCCCUAGUGAGAACUAGAGCUACUUAGAAUAAUCCCAUAAAAGAUGAUUGUAUGGUGUGUGUUAUUGUGUGAUUAUGUAUAUCAUUGUUGCAGUUUGGAAAUAGCAAUAGAACUGUGUCUGAAAGUAGAUAGCUUAGCAUGAGUUUGAACCCAACUCCCCUCCCCUCUUCCCGACAGCAACAGGAAAAAAAAAAUUAUCCUUUCAUCAAAGAUCAGACAUUACUUUCAAACAAAAAGCACAUUUGACUGAAAACGAAUAAAAAAUUCAUUUUG